AUGUCACGACCAUGCUCCCUACAACUGCUACUGGAGGAUUUGCCGGCUGAAGCCACCGCAGAUGGCCCAGCUUCCUUACGGGUAGUGAUCUUUAACAGUCUUAUGGACACAGGAAUCGACAGAGCGUUGAUCGAGGGAAUUGAAUGCCUGAGCAAAAAACUAUGGUUUAUUGUGUUCAAAGAACAGCUACAACGACAGAAAUAUAUCAACAAAGACAUUGAGCUACACUCAAAGGUCUUGACGCUAAAAUCUACAGAUUUUAUUUGACCAGAGAGGCCAAGGUACACAUAUGUAUUAGGAUAUCCUCUUGACACGGAUGAAAGGCCGAUUUGUUAGAACAGAGCUUAAGUCUUUAUGGAAAACUAAUUGAAGUCACCGAUGACAUUGAUACUACAAUCAUGAUCAAGACAGGAGUUAAGAGAGCGAAAUUCGCUAAUCUCAAGGAGAACAUACCAUCUUUUAUUUAUGCCGGAUGGUACCAUGUUCGUACAGCCUAUCCCGGACAACCUAAAAUGUGCCGAAAUUGCUCUAAAACCGGCCACCUCGCGAAAGACUGCCAAGCAGGCAAGGUCUGUAGAAUGUGUGGUGACCCGGGUCACAGUAAAGGUGAUUGCCCAGAGAAAUGAUGCUACGUUUGCAAGGAGAAAGGCCAUGAUCAAAGUCAAUUGCGAAAAGUAUGCUGAAAAUUUCCACAGUUUAACCGAAAGUACUGAGGACGCACAGGAAAAAAACGACCAAGCCCAACAAGUCCGGGACAACGACGGACAGCCAGGGCAAAAACGACGAUUGGAAUGA